CCCUUCUCCACUUGCCCCACAAAGCACACGAGCCAGCAGAACCAAGCAAGGGCUACUCUCUCCGACGACCGGCCGGCGGCGCGCGGCAGAGAAGGGAUCGCCCUCGGGCCUCGGCCAUCAUAUCCGGGAUGUCUCGGUACGUGGAGAUGCUGGACAUGGGCGUGCGCAUCGCGGCGAGGUUCCACUCGCACUGCCCGCAGACGGCGCGGAUGUACUACAAGCCGCCGCAGGGCCAGGCGGCGACGACGUCGGGCGCGGCGGAGGACGACGCCAGGGCCAGGAGCUCCGGCGGCCUCCGCGCGGCGCCCGUGCGGCGGCCCUUCGCGGCGGCCGCGGAUCUUGGCGCCAGCGGCGAUCGGACGGGGUUCCAGGUCCGCGACUUCGACACCGCGCAGGUCGUCGUGUACGAGGUCAUCUGAGGGAGGCUGCCAGAGAGCGAGGUUUCCGGCCGGCUUUCCGCAAGUGCUGCGAGAGGUUUCUUGCGAGAUGAAGAAGUUUUUUGGAGGAGGGAAAAAUUUGUAAAUGUGUACUCUAUUCUUUGAUUUGUUCACUCAACACGGAAAAAAUCAUUAUUGAGCAAACA